AAUGUUAAAAAAAAUAUUUUGUGAUAUUUCAUGCUAUUGUAACGAGGUGCGAAAUCGGAUAGAUUCGUGCAUCGUUGAAACGCGACGUUGCGCAAGCGUGAGGCAAGAUUCGGGGCCUCGCGUAUGAGUCGCGAUCCGUCGGACAGACAGAUAUUUUCCGGCCAUAAUAGCGAACGCGUCAGCUCUCGUGUGUGAGACUAACUGCAUCCAGCGACGACCGAUAGCGUGCGAGAAAGUUCGAGUGUGUGUGAUUGCGAGAAGAAGACGUCCGUGCCAACUCCUGCCAGCAACCGAACGAGCGGACGUCGGCUCCUGCGAGUGAGCCAGCAACACCACCGGCGCGGAGUGUGUAUGAGUGUGUGAUGUGCGCCUACCGAGAACGGCAACUGCAAUGCCACAACUGCCAAAUGAUGCUUUGCGGCAAUUGUAUGACGGAAGUAGAUCUUCAGCGGACGAGGAAUCACGUAGAUCGCCGAUGGUAGCUGAGCAGCCCCGUCGAUGCCCGGCGGUGGCGGAACAGCCCCGACGAUCCCCGGCGGCGGUGGAGCAGCCCCGAGGAUCCCCGGCGGUAGCUGAGGAGCCCCAUCGAUCCUCGCAGCGAUCCUCGACGGCUUCCCAGCCCCGUCGGAACCGCUCCAGAUCAAGCUCGAGCAGCUUCAGCAGCUCCAGCAGUUCGAACAGUUCGAGCGGAACGUCAUCGAGCUGCAAGUCAUGCAGGAGUAUCCGUGAUCUUGGGGCGAUUCCCAAGAGAAAGUUGAAUGAAGACAAUGGAGGGAAUGCCCAGAAAAAAAGGCAACUGGCGAGAUGUCUCCUAAACCAGGAACAUCAAGAAUGAACUCUGCUGCGAGAUCUGAGCCAAGACGCGGCAAGUUGCAGUUAAAGAGGAGAAGCAGCACUCAACAACAACCGCAACAACAACAGCAACAACAACAACAGCAGCAGCCGCCUAAUCAGCAGCCGCCUAGUCAACAGCUGCCGUCUAAUCAUCAGCAGACGCCUAAUCAACAGCAGCCGCCUAAUCAUCGUAAUCUACCAAGGAUUAUAGACAAUGAGGUAUUGAUAGAUCGUGUGAAAAUUGUAAAAAAAAAAUAAAAUGUAAAAAGUGAUUAAUUUUUGUAAUUUAAUGUAAAAAUGUAAUGUAAUUUUACUAUU